CAAACUCGCUCUCAACAAUUUCUCUCUCUCCCUCUCUCCUUAUACAUUGUGAUUUCACCAAAAUAGCCUCAGAUUCUAAAACCUCUUGGAAUCUCCCAACCACAAAGAUGAAGAAAUCCGGCCUCCUCGCCGCCUCCGUCGCCGCCGCCGUCUCCGUUUCAUCCUCCGCCCACACUUCCCACCAGGAUGGCGCCGUGGAUGAGACUAGGCGCCGUGAGAAUUCUACGCCGCCGCCGUCGUCGGAGAAAUUCGCGCCGAGAUUCGAUGGGUUGCGCUUCAUUGAAACGCUGAUUACUGCUCAUAGAUGAAAAAAAAUAAGGGUUUCUUUUGUGUAAUAGACAAGUAUUCAUCUGUUGGAGAAUUUUCAACUUUUUACGUAUUUGAUUUUCCCCUAUUAGGGUUAUUGGAAGAAACAGAGAGAAGAAAAAAAUGUAACAUUACGGAAUUAUAUUGGUGCUUUUGUUUUGUGACUCUUCUUGGAAGUGAAUGGCAAAAGUAUAAGAUUUUGGGAUUGUGCUUAUUGUUUA